AUGGAUACGGCUACGAGUUUGAAAGCUAUUUGUUUUGACACUGAAUACAGUGCAGAUUCAGUCGAGUUCUGCCCUAUUCCCAAGUAUGAGCAAUAUGCUGCUGUUGGAACAUACCAGGUUCUUGAACCCUCACCAAGUGACGACUCUCUUGACAAAUCCAUUACAAAUCGAACAGGCAGGCUUUACAUUUACAGUGUAGAUAGAACUCCUAAUGACCUUCAGUCUUCAGCCAAUGCCCUUCAAGUGAAAGAGGUGUUUCGUCAAGAAUCUUCAGCAAUCUUGGACAUUAAAUGGUCACACCAGCCAUUCAACGGUGAACCAAUUGCAGCUGUUGUAACAUCUACUGGCGAAACAAACAUAAUGAGUCUUGAUAUGAAUGGGAAGCUGUCGACGAUCCUAUCAUUGCAUAAUGGCAAACCCGGAAUACUAAAUCUAUCUGCAGACUGGGCCAAUAGAGUGAAUCCCAAUGCUGGGCAUACGUGUGCCAUCAGUGAGAGUGAUGGCAGUUUUUCUACCUACACAGUUACACCAGACGCUGGUCUUGUAAAGCAAAGAGAAUGGACAGCACAUCAAUUCGAGGCAUGGAUCGUUGGAUUCAACUGUCAUCAAACAUCUACAAUUUAUUCUGGCGGCGAUGAUAGCCUAUUCAAAGGAUGGGAUACUCGUAUGGAAAGCAAUAGUCCCAUAUUUGUUAACAAAUGUCAUCAAGCUGGUGUAUGCUCGAUUGCAUCCCAUCCAACUUGGGAUCAUGUUUUGGCAACAGGAUCAUACGAUGAAAACGUGUACAUUUGGGAUACUCGCUCAAUCAAGCGUCCUGUUUCUGAAAUAUCUAGCGGAGGCGGUGUUUGGCGUCUUAAAUGGCACCCCACAGAUCCAACACUGCUUCUUGCUGCAUGCAUGUACAAUGGAUUUCAUAUUUAUCAAUUAUUGAACCAAGAUAUGACUAAGCUAGAGCAUGUGCAAGAAUACAUGCAUCACAAAUCGAUUGCAUAUGGUGCUGAUUGGUCUUUUGCAGACCAAACAUCAUCAGCCAUGCACCCUGAUAAUAUUGAGAUGAAUGCAGCUGGGAUUUGA